CUCACGCGAUAUCGAUACAUAGUCGUCUCCUUCCUCUUCCUCUUCCUCCUCACGUCACUUGUACACCCUUUUGUGCAGUCCCUCCUUAGUACUACCUAUUUUGUUCUCUAAACCGUAAUCAUGGCAGACGACAAGAUGAAGGGAAUGGAGCAUUCCGAGGUUCACUACUUCAACAGUUAUAACCACCAUGGUAUCCACGAAGAAAUGUUGAAGGAUGAAGUGCGAACAAGAUCAUACAUGAAUGCCAUUGUACAGAACAAGCACCUAUUUAAAGACAAGAUCGUCCUCGAUGUUGGCUGUGGAACCGCAAUUUUGUCUAUGUUCGCCGUCAAGGCUGGAGCAAAACACGUCAUUGGUGUCGACAUGUCUACUAUCAUCGAGAAGGCAAAGGAGAUCGUUGAGGUAAAUGGCAUGUCCGAUAAGAUCACCCUCCUGCAAGGAAAGAUGGAGGAGGUCGAGCUACCAUUCCCAAAAGUCGAUAUCAUUAUCUCGGAGUGGAUGGGAUACUUCCUUCUGUACGAGUCCAUGUUGGAUACCGUGCUAUACGCCCGUGACAAGUACCUUGCGCCACAAGGUUUAAUCUUCCCAGACAAGGCCACCAUCUUCAUGGCUGGUAUUGAGGAUGGAGAGUACAAGGAUGAGAAGAUUGGAUUCUGGGACAACGUCUACGGAUUCGACUACUCCCCACUCAAGCACACCGCCCUCACCGAACCUCUCGUCGACACUGUCGAAAUCAAGGCCGUCGUCACAGACCCCACCGCCGUCCUAACCCUCGACCUGUACACCUGCACCACCGCUGACCUCGCUUUCUCGUCCCCCUUCGUCCUCGACUGCCGACGUGACGACUUCGUGCACGCCCUGAUCGCAUGGUUCGACAUCGACUUCACAGCCUGCCACAAGCCAAUCCGUUUCUCGACCGGCCCACACACAAAGUACACGCACUGGAAGCAGACCGUCUUCUACUUGCGUGAGGUGCUGACCGUUCAGCAAGGAGAGCAGAUCAGAGGUGUCCUGGAUAACAAGCCUAAUGAGAAGAACAAGCGUGAUUUGGAUGUGAAGAUCAGCUAUAAGCUAGAGACAGAUGAUAUUACACGGACAGCUGAGGGAAGCUGCGAGUACAAGAUGUGCUGAUGAAUGAAUAAACGACGAGCAUGACGGGUGGAUGUUGGGAGGAAGGGUUUCUUUCGCGGCUGAGAGCGCAGACCCUGGAUGUGCGUUGAAUUAUAAUUGACGCAACUUUCUUCUCUUAUUGGGCUACCUGACUGGGUGGGAUGCAUGUGGCGGAAUGGUAUCUGAGCGACGGAUGAAUGUCUUUUUGUCUCUAAUUGGCGUUCGAGAUGGUACAAAGCAUAGCAGGCGUGGCGAGGGCUAUACGGGAAAUGAAUAAACUAAAUGGAAGCCAUUUCAAACUGUAGCCUGUUGUCUUUUCUACG